GUAAAAGUAACUUUUAACAAUACCUUGGCGGCGCCUGCGCGCUGCGUACGUCAGUUUUGCCAACUCCUACUGCGCGGCAGAACGUACAACGUUACUAACUUUUUCUUACGUCGGUGGCCAGUGUUAUUCUUUACUGCAAAAAUAAUUUAAAAAAAGUGUUUCUUAACUUUCCACGUGAAUAUUGGUGACGUUUAAAGGUUUUUAUACUAUAAAAGUUUGAAUAAUUUAAAGUUAUCAUAUGCUGAAGUUAUUGGAUGUUAUACACGAUUGGACGAUAUGGCCAGCCGGCUGUACUGGUGCUGGUGAGCUGGUGACGUGAGGUGGUGGGGCGACAGACACGAUGCGGAUGCACGGCUAGCCGACACGCUCUCACCGCGCACUACCGCUCACAUUGAGAUGCGGCGGCAGGCUCGGAUCUCAAUAGGAGGCGCGCUCGUUGUGCGUUCCGCUUCAGCUCUCCAAGUUUGGCUGUGGUUGCUGAUAUUUGUAUUCCAGAAUGAAUUCAGAAUAUCAAGGUCCAUUCAACCAGGCUACUUGGACUUUGACAAUCUACCCGAGACAAACUUUACAUGCGCUGGCAAAGUUAUCGGUGGAUAUUACGCCGACUUAGAGACGUCAUGUCAGAUGUUCCACGUGUGCACUGUCGGCCAACAAGAUGAGCCGAUGGAUAUAAAGUUCCUUUGCCUUAAUGGCACUGUUUUUGAUCAGGAAACUCGAGUUUGUGAAAGAGUAGAUGAAGUAGAUUGCACAAAGUCAGAGAAGUUCUACAGUUUAAAUUUAGAAUUAUACGGGAGUACUGCACCACCUAUUAUACAACCAGACACAAGCAGUAAACCACAAACUAAACCAACCGAACAGUCAUAUACUAUAACUACUAAAACCAGUACAGAGGAAUUAUCGGAUCCCUUCGUAAAUGAAAAUCCGACGUCAUCAAAUGACAAGACACAAGACUUGUCUCCAGACACAUUAGACUCAACAGAUGAUCCAAUACAAGAUGUAAGAAAAGAAGAACAAAAAGUAACUAAAGGUCCGUCAACACAGACGACACCCUUAAAGAAUAUUGGAUCAAUGAACGAUGAAUACCGAGUAGAAGAUGACAUUGACGAUGAAUAUGAGGAAUUUUACUCCCAUCCUGCUACAACUUCCAGUUCGCAAUCAAUAAUUACAACAACAUCAACGACGACUCAACCGCCUGUACCUAGAACAUCAACAACUACAUCAACAACGAGACGGCCGCCUUCUACUUCGUCCACAAUAUCAUCACAAGCCCCUGUGAUACACUCUUCUUCAACGCCAUCCACUCCACCUUUAACUACUAUCGACCCAUCACUUCUUUCUCCACAAGAAUUCAUAUAUCGCCAUCGUGGCCCAGGAUCGGAGGCUAUUUCUUUUCAGCGUCAAAGUUUCCGCCCUGCCGAUGGUGUGUUCAUAACCCACGCUCCGCCACAACAAUUCGAUCAUUUUCAAUAUGAAUCUUCAAGAACAGCACCGCGCCCUGUAUCCCGCCCUACACCAUUUGUACAGAGACCACAACCGUUCCGAGCUACUACUCAUGACCCGAGAGAUCAACUCCUGCGCCCAGGACCUUCCUCUCAGUCAUCUGAGAGGCACGAAACGUCCGUAAAACAUCGCUCACCUUCAGCGUUACCUUCACAACAAACAUUACCGUUUAAUUUUUACUACGACCGAAAACGAAGCGACGAUCUAUCAUCCGAAAAAGAGUCACCUCCAAGUGCUCGAUCAGUGGCCCCACCAACUAUUGCAGAAAGACCAUUCAAUAAACCGAAAAGUCCCCCACGAGUUAUCGUUACCGCUAGUGCCUCAGUUAGUGAUAGUAAUGGGAAGAAAUUGAACUAUACCGUAGGUAAUGUAGUUAGCGCCGUAAAACCUAUUGUAGCAAUAAAUUACGACGAUUACAAAGAAUCCGAUCUUAUUUUCGAUCCCUUCUUUCUUGAUGUGCCAAAACUUAAUAAGCGAAGAAAAACAAGAUCGAACAAACACAGAAAAGUAUUUACAGUUCCUGCAACGGCAACUAUACCUACGAACCUAAUUUCCAAAAGUAGUAUUGAAUCGACGCUCCCUCCAGCUACUUCUAGAGCGACUACAGUUAAAAUGACCUUUACAACACCCUCUACAACAACAACAACCGCAGCCUGGAAUCCUGAAGAUUAUGUCGACGACAAUUAUGAACCUCACGCAUAUCUGCCACCCAUUCCCCCACUAGCCGUUUUCGUAUCUCAGGAACGUGUCAAACAUGGAAAAGUCGAAAAAGAGUCGAGAAAUGUAGGUAAAGAUGAAUUGAAUCCAAUAGAAUUAUCAACAAAAAACGUUGGUCGCAAGGAUGAGUCCCGGCCGACGGCGUCUGCGGUGCAGAUGGUCUCUAGUCAAAGUGCGGGUGUUGCGGCGGCGCGUGACGUCACGCCGAGCGCGCCGCCCCCCGCGCAGGCCCCCGCCUGCGCCUCAUCGCACUCCACUGACUGUCGAAAUCGUGCCUAAUAAAUAGCUCACUUUAUAUGUAGAUUAGUAGACAGAUAUUUAAAUAGGUAGUAAAUUUUAUAAUUUUCCAAGCAGACGAUGUGUUACUGUGUUUCUAUUUAAUUUGUUUUAAAUAUUGUAAUUGCAACAAGUCUUAUUUUUGUAAUUAAGUUAGUAAAUAUUUGUUAUUCCGAAACAUACACUGUACAUACGUUAGGAAAUGUCAACUUUAAGAAAUAUUUUUUUAUGAUUUCCUAAAACAUUCAUAACUAUGAUAAAUUUUAUGAGGACGUUUUGUACAUACUUUAUGUAUCC